CUCAGGGGAGCUUUGAGGUGUGGGUGCCCUUGCUGAGUGGGGCCUGGGGUCCACGACGGAGCUGAAGCUUCAGAAAUGUCUUGGAGAACUGGCAAACCUAGAAUUCAGAGAUGGUCCAAGGCUGUCGGCCUGAGUCCCCCCCAUCCUGUCCCCAGGGCUGGCUGAUUGUGCCUUCCAAGCUCCUUUCAGUCCCAGGCCAUCUGCCAUCCCCCACCCCCCACUUUCUUCGCCACCUCCAGGCUCCUCCCUGACAGCCCCUCUUCCUGCUACAAGCCACUUACGUGUUGUCUCCAGAAUCUCCGCUCUUCUGCUGCCCCAGAGGGUCCUCAUACCUCUUGACCCACCCCAUAAGGCUCUUCCCUUCCAGCCUCACUCAUUCCUCCAGGGUUUAUUGAGCAGCUGUCCUCUGGCAGGCACCGAGGACCCUGGCCCCAGCAUGUGCUGCUCCUCCCAGCUGAUUUCUCAGCCUCGGUUUCUCUCUCUCCUUCUACCUGACACCGGGGGAGAUACUUAGGAGAUGAGAAUCUGUCUUUCUUGUGCUCCAGACCUGCCUGGGAUCAACACACUUCCUGUGUCUUUGCUCUGCCCACCUUCCACCCACACCUUUGCUCGUUUUCCUUCACUCAUGGCCUGGGCCUCCUGCCUCGUGCAGCUCCUGACGUUUCCCUCCAGGUCUCAGCCGAAGGAGGAGCUCGGCUCACACCCUCAACCAGGCCUCCAGCCGCAGCCACGCGCUACUCACACUCCACAUCAGCCGCCCCAGGUCCCCAGAAGGCCCUGAUGCCCCAGCCCCAGCAGAUGCCUUCUGAGGACCCUGGGGAGUCCCCUGCUGGUGGGAAGCUGUGCUUUGUGGACCUGGCUGGCAGUGAGAAGGUGGCAGCCACAGGAUCCCGUGGGGAGCUGAUGCUUGAGGCCAACAGCAUCAACCGCAGCCUGCUGGCCCUGGGUCACUGCAUCUCGCUGCUGUUGGAUCCACAGCGGAAGCAGAACCACAUCCCUUUUCGGGACAGCAAACUCACCAAGUUGCUGGCAGACUCACUGGGGGGCCGUGGGGUCACCCUCAUGGUACCUGAGGGGCACUGCAGGGUGGGCAUGGUCCCUAGAAAGGGAAUCCUGAGAGCAACACUCCCCAGGAGUGGAUGUCCUCCCCAGGUGGCCUGUGUGUCUCCCUCUGCCCGGUGCCUUCCCGAGACUCUCAGCACCCUACGAUACGCAAGCCGAGCUCAGCGGGUAACCACGCGGCCACAGGCCCCCAAGUCCCCUGUGGCAAAGCAACCCCCACGUCUGGAGACCGAAAUGCUGCGGCUGCAGGAGGAGAAGCGCCGCCUGCGGUUCCAGCUGGACCAAAUGGACCCCAAGGCCCCAGGGCUCCAUGGGGCGCGGGGGACCUGGGCCCAGCGGAACCUCUAUGGGAUGCUGCAGGAGUUCAUGCUGGAGAAUGAGAGGCUCAGGAAGGAAAUGAAUCAGUUGCAGAGGAGCCGGGACCUGGCCUGGGGGGAGCAGCAGGUCCUGGCCCAGCAGGUCCAGGAACUGGAGAGGCACCUCCUCUCUGCCUGCUUUGUUUGGCCUGGCCCCGCUUCUGCCCCGCUGUGUCCCUACUUGACACCAGCUGCCCCCUGCCAUGCACCGCCAUCCCUCUGCCCAUGCUGCCAUCUCUGCCCCUUGUGCCGAGCACCCCUGGCCCACUGGGCAUGCCCACAGCGGGAAGGCCACCUGCCACAGGUACUGGACCCCAAGGCCCCAGGUGACAUGCCUCUGCCUGCCCGGCCCCCACCCUGGGCACCUCUAUGCAGCCCUGGCUCUGCCAAGUGCCCGAGAGAAAGGUGGGCCCAGCCCUGGGGCACUGGGUCAAGGAGCAGAGGGCCUGGGGACACAAAGGUUCACCUGCUACCCCCACUCACCUGGCCCAGGAGCCACGGCAGCUGGGUGCAGACCCCAGUGCUAGCAGAGGUGCUGACUGGGAAAGAGGUGGCCCCCUCGGCUCCUCCCCUGCCUGUGGAGCCCCCAAACACGCCACCUGUGCUGAGAGGUGCCACCAGGGUUGCAAACCUGGCCCAGAGGCUGGAGGCCCUCAGACACCAGAUCAGCAGCUCCCUGCAACGUGGCCAGAGCCGGCCGCAAGCCAGUGAGGGCCCUCGGAACCCAGACCACUGAAGUCACUACGGGGUCUGAGGCUGCAUGUGCACUGGGAUGGCUAGGUGCUCUGGCUUCAGUCUCCCCACGUCGGAAUAAGCUGGCCACCACUG